AUGUACCACACCCAUAUGCAUGAAAGUUUAAUAUCUGUGACUUCAACGGUAAGUGUUUCUGAUGCGUCUUAUGCUUAUGCAAGGCUCACUAGAAGAGACGAUAGCGAUUCAUCUUCUUCCUCAGCAUCCAGCACGAAAAAUAGCAAAUCUGCUGAAUGUACAGGCUCUAAACAGCAAUGUCAAUUACCCACAGAUUCGAGUCACAGCACCAGUGUAACUGUUGGUGUGGCUGUUGCGGUACCAGUAGGUGUCAUUAUCAUUGUUCUGGCUGUGAUACUUUGCAUUGUGUAUAGGAGAAGCAAAAAGGAAGCUGAGGAAGAUAAUGAUCCAGAUUUCGAAGGAGAUUCUGAAUUUUUACCGACAAUGAAGGAUUAUUCACCUGGAAUAAAUCAUUUGUACUCUAGCGACUCGCAGCAAGACUUCAUGGAAAAGACCUUGCAACAGCCGCCUUCAGAUCCCUUUGUUGGUAGCAUGCAUAGUAGUAAAUAUAAUGUGAGAAGCGCUACCCCACCUGCAAUUGGUCGGUCAUGGUACGUAGACCCGUUUCAGCUUCCACAGGAAUCGAACGACUCUAACAGUUUGAGAGAUUUUGCCAUGAGAGUACAAGAAGAUGGACUAGGUGGCUAUAAAGUUGCGGCCGAGUCUAGAAAUGCCAGUCAAACGUCCUUGCAUCCUGAUAACUUUUCGAAUUGUACACCAAUAAGAGCGUCUUCAAGAUUUCAAGAGAGUGAAAGCUUUCGAUCUCACGGUAGCCCAAUCCAUAAUAACCAGCUUUCCCGUGGUUCUGCCACAGAAGGUGCCAACAAGCAGUUUACAUUUCCUAAUGAAGACAAUGAUUCGUCCUCAGUUAGUGAAGAGGCUGAGGUUUUGAAUGAGUCAAAUGAGUCUGCAAGCAAUGACGCGUUCGAAUUCGAACUUGAUAAUAGUUCAGAAAAGACACAUGAAAGGAAUCUGCGUUUUGGUAAGGAUGAUGAUAAUUAUGAACUUCAAGAUAUCAGAGAAGCUGAACAUAUGAAUGAUCGUAGUAGCAGUAAAAGUCAAGAUGAUGAUUACUAUGUAUCACUCUUAUCCCCUAAUGAAGAAGAAGAUAUUAAGAGAAUGAAAAGUAUUUAUCAAGUUUAUUUGGAUAGAGCUAAAACAAUGAAAAAGGAAGAGGAUAAAGCAGAUAAUGCAAAUGAUAUAUCGCAGGAGGAGAAUAGAGUGGAUAAUAUAGUCCAGAAUCCACUGCCUUCUAUCAAAAUUAAUAAUAACGACAAUAUCGACAAUAAUGAGGUACCGGAAGCAAAACACCUGGUGAAAGAAGCACUUCCUCUAAACAAUACUAACUUGGCAGAAUAUGGUCCAGAAAUGGCCCAAAGCCAGAAACAAUAUCCAGUGCAGGAUACACUCACCGUGAACGAUACGGAAGCAGCGCCUUCCAAUAGAAUUGCUUCCUCAAUUUAUUCCGAAGCAAUUCAGCCGUUGAAUUAUCAGGAUCAAUAUCAACAACAGGAACAAUCACCAGUAUAUAAUGGCCACACACAGUAUCCUGGCAAUGGAUAUAGCGGAAAUCCUCAGCAACAGGGGUAUACUGCGCAAUUCGUGCAAAAUCCACAAUGGUACGGUGUACCAACUCCUCAACAACAGCAACAUAAUCAUCCUCAGACCCUGGAAACUAUUGGAGAAUUACCAACUCCCGCAUAUUUAGCUCAAUCAGCUUCCUCGCAUUCAUUGACCUCUUUUAAAAGACCAAACAAGCAACAACUUCUUCAAUUACAGACUGCCAGACUAAACGGAACUGCGUUAAAUCCGGUCGAUCAUCCGGAAAUGUUUUAUUCACCGACAAACGAUGCCUAUUAUGCUCCACAGCAGCAAGGCCAAUAUAUGAAGUUUAACGAAAAUGGGGCGGUUCCUUCACCUUAUCAACUUAGACAAAGUGUGGUAAUGACCAAUCCUUCGGAUUUGACGGCAAAACCAUCUUAUAAGCCAGCAGGUUCUUUCAGAAGUGUAAGCGCAACCAAUUCAAGAAAUAACAGUCUGACCACACAAAAUAAUAUCUAUCUGCAACAGCAGCAGCAGCAACUGUAUAAUUCUCGUGUUAGUGGGAUAUUAGAAGAGACAGAUGUUGUACAGCCACCAAGUGUUGGUGGAAUUUUGCCACAUAGUGGUUCACAGGACGAUUUAAGAAAACAAUUAGGCUCUUCACAUAAUUAUACCGUCAACUGA